AUGCAUUCAAGGUCUGGUCCCGCCCCAUCGCUCUUUGAUUUUUGCAACGCCCGCGGCCCCACUGACCCCGCCAAGAGUUAUGGGGGCCGCGGGAGCCAUAAUCCAGCAUUCCGAGACUCCCAGGGCCGGUGGGACAAGGCGCCCCGCGCGGUGAUAGAUGAGCCGAUCUUGGACGCGGGCUUUGUCCCAGCAGGAGGCUUUGGACGGGGUGUGGCGCGCAGCGGACCGCGUCGAAGACCGACCUCUCGGAGACCCCAGCCUCCAGCUCCGAGCACUUUCCUAAGCUACAAAGGCACCUCCGAGCCCUGUCCCGCCUUCCCCGCCCGGGGCAUUUCUUCCGUCCCAUUUGACAGCCAAGGCGGAAUAAUCCUUUUGGGGACAGGCCAGCCCCUGCCCGGCCAGACGCGGCCGCAGCUGAGCGCGCAGCCUCGAUCCAUUGUUGGGGUCCACCAGGGGCCCCCUCCCCUGCCGUGGCCCUUUGUCGCCCGCUACCCGCCGGACCGCUCCAGAGGCGCCACCACUGCCCGUGCCCCACCCGUCCCGCGCGCCCCGGGCCGCACUGUGGCGGCUCUCACGCACCGGGAGGAGUGGGCCGGCCUCGCCCGGUACCCGCACGGCCGCCCGGCUGCGCCCGCCUUUGUCUGCCUCCUUUGUCUGCCCCGCGCCCUCGCGGUGGAGGCGGCUAGGCCUCUGGGGAGCAGGCCUGGAACGCCGAGCGCAGCUGGUGAGGGCGCGCCGGCCGGGAGCGCGCGGGGCCCGGCCCGGCCUGGGGCUGCCCCCUCGGCGGGGGGCAGACGGGCCCGCUCCCCGCCGCUCCUCCCCGCCCUCUCCCCGCGCUCCCGCCCCCUUUCCUCUCUCCCUCUCCGCCCCCUUCCCUCCCGCCCCACUCAGCCUGGGCACAUCCUCUGCCGCCCGCGCACCUCUCGGCGCCGUCUCCGCUCCGCCGCUCGGCCCUCGACUGCGCUUGGUCCCCGCGGUCGCACAGUCCCAAACCCCUGGGCCCCCGCCCCGUCGGCCGGACAGGUAAGGCACGGCCUCUGCCCGCCCCUGGCCCCGCCCUCCCGCCUCCCACACCUGGCUGCGCGCCCGGACAAAGGUGGGCUACCUGGCGCGCUCAGGGGCGGGGCUCGUGGGGGACUGAGGCUUGAGGCUCCUCUCCAGCCUCCUAGUCCGCCCACCUUCCGCCGGACAGUCACUUUUCCUCGCUCUCAGACUCUGCCUCGCACGUGCCCUUGCCGCCCGCUCUGGGUCCCUGCUUUCACCCACUCUCCUCCUUGGCCCCAACCUUCUCUCCGCUAG